AUGUCAAAAAAUUCGAUCCGAUCCGUGGAAAGAAAGCAUUUAAAUCGUUACCGAUUUCAUGCCUUCUUUAAAAUUGCGACGUCAGCAGGUACACAUCAACAAAUUACGACGACAUCACCAUAUACACGUCAACAAAUUGCGACGACAUCACCAUAUACACGUCAACAAAUUUGCGACGACAUCACCAUAUACAUGUCAACAAAUUUGCGACGACAUCACCAUAUACACGUCGACAAGUUACGAUGUCAACAAUUUACGACGUCAUAUUUACGACUAUUGAAAAGGCUAGAAUUUGCUCUUUUUUUUUGA